AAUGGAAAGGAAAACAUUCAGCUGUUAUGACAACUUUGUGUCUAGCAACAGUGUUGGUGCACCAACACAUGAACCUAGAGUAACAGCCUUGAGUCACCUUGCCACACUAAUACCAGAAGCACUCAGGAAAGCUCAAGCUCUGCAUACAAAUACAAGAGAAGAAAUACCUACAGUUCACCAAUCUUGUGACUCAUCACAGUCAUCCUGUAUCAAUAACCCUCAUGAAUGGGGCACUUCAGAUCCUCAAUAUUGUGCUGCAAAUAUUCCUCUUUGGUUAAAAAAUUACUUUGAAGAGACGGACCUUGAUGAGAUAAUUCUCAUUGGGUUUAGCAAGGGAUGUGUUGUACUAAACCAAAUUAUAACUGAACUUCAUGCUUUGAUGACUGUGGAAUCAUUGCAAAACAAGCAGACUGUUAACUUUAUUGAUAAGGUGCACAACAUGUACUGGCUGGAUGGUGGUCACGCAGGAGGCCGCAACACUUGGAUUACCUCUCCUUCCAUCUUGAAGUCCUUGGCAGCACAGCAGCACAUCAGUAUUCACAUACAUGUCACACCAUACCAGGUCCAUGAUGAAUUCCGCCCCUGGAUAGGUAAAGAAUGUAAAUCUUUUUAUGACAUCUUGCGACGUGCUGGAGCCAAGGUAGAUUAUCUACUCCAUUUUGAAGAAGAGUCUCCAUCUCUUUUAUGGCACUUUAGAAUUCUGAAUAAUUUCAUAUGAUGAGGAGACACAGCACAAUAUUAAAUACGAAAAUAAACUGGGUAAGUAGGAAAGAAAGAAGAUAACUACUGUAUGUGGGAGGAAAUGAAAAUAACUAAGACCAAAAAAAAGUAUUCCUUCUUGUUAACAGAAAUCAGUUUUUUAGUGUUUGCUGUGAGGAAAAUACUAUAAGAAGGAUAAAUUUCUAGGCAUAUUUUCCUCUGUAAAAUAUUUUUAAAACCAUCUGCAACAAGAAUAGAUUAAUAUAAAAAAGAGUUUAAUUGAAAAAAAGACCUAAUAAAGCUAUUCUUACAUCUAAUGAAUAAUAGUUAUCUAAGACGUCUCUGUUUUGGGCUUUGUGCUAUGAGAUAGGAGAGAAAGAAGAGAGUUUAUUUCAGUCUGCUCCAUGGCCAAACCCCAAACCCUGACAAAAGCAUCCUUGUAGGUUCAUCAUGUGAAGCUUUGAUACAGAAUCAAAAUACAGUCAAGGCAUCACUAAAACUUAAUAUCUUAACAUGAAUUGUGUUUAAUACAGUGAUCAGUUUGCUUCCAAGUCAUUAUCUAAUACAGGGAACAUAAGCCUAAUAUGGGGAUAGGCUGCAACAAGCUACAGAGAAGUCCAUAACACAGAUUAUGGUAACGGUACUGUCAAGUAAGUGAGUGCACAGCCACCACCACCACCAUCAGCCUUACCUCCUACAGUAAUAUGAAUUUAGUGAGAUCAGUGAAGAGAAGGGUGGGCUGCAGCCACCACUGCCACUGGUAAACAGGUGAUUGGGACUGCUACAGGUAUACUUGAUUCCAUAAACCUAACAGAAAUUUGGUUCGUGAAGGUAGUACCAUUGUCAGAGACAAUAACAACAGGAAGUCCAUGCGUGGUGAAAGUGUGCCAUAAUUUGGCUAAUGUUGCUGCAGUUGUGCUUGAAUACAAAAUGUAUGCUUCAAUAUAUUUACUGUGUGCAUACACUAGAAUGAGUAUCAUCUUACCUUCCACAGGCCUUGCAAAGUCUGUGUGCACUCUGUGCCAUGGGUGUCCUGGCUACUCCCACAGGUGUAGAGGGGCUUCCAGUAGCUUCUUCUUGUCCUGUUGACAAGAACAAUAACUCUUAACUUUGGCUUCUCCAUCAGCAUAUAAUCCUAACAGCCAAAAAUAGUUUCUCAGUAGCGAUUUCAUCCUCACUGUGCUGAGAUGGCCCUGAAAUAGCAAUGUCCUUUCCCUCACCAGUAUCACUACCCAGGAGCCCUACAGCACACAGCCUUGAUGCACAAUAGGUUCAGAACUUCAGACCAACAAUAGUGAUAGAGUAACAGGGCACCCUGAACAUCAUCAGACCAACCCUGCAAUGUAAAGUCACAUACAAUAGCCAAAGUGGGAUCCCUUGAAGUUCACAAAGAAACUUUUUCUGUUGUAACUGGAAUAUUUUCUAGUGUGGUCAUGGAUAAUAUCACCUGGGACUCCUUCUCCUAGGUCUUCUCUGCUUGAAGGGAAAGCCUCCUGAGACAAUCUACAUCAGGCUGGUAUUUCAGACAGUAAUCAUAGUUAGACAACUUAGAUCUCUUAACUCUAGAGAUUACCGUCAGUGAAAUUAGGUAUAAACUGUUAAGAGGCAGUGAAAUUAGGAUCCCUAAUCCCAACAAGGGAUUUGUGGUCUGUAAAAAUUGUAAAUUUUCAGUCAUAAAGAUAUUUAUGAAACUUAUAUAAUCUAAACAUAACAGCCAAAUUUUUUUCUCACAAAGUGCAUAUUUCUUCUCAAUAGCAGAGAGAGUCUAGAAUGCAUAUCCAAUUAUUCUUUCCACUGAGUCCUUCAUGUGAUGGGACAGCACUAUUCCCACCCUGUACCAAGACAUGUUACAACUUAAAAUUAAGGAGGGUGAGGGUCAUGAUGUAUAGGAAGUUCAGAAGAUUGUAAUAAUUGUUCAGAGUUUACAAAAAACUCUUCUUGCUCAACUUUCUAUAUCCACUUCUCUCCUUUAUGUUGUGCAAUACCCUCUGAAGUUUCUUGCUUGCUUUCUUCCCAAGGAAUAGCACUAAACUCAAGGAUAACAAAAUUCGAGGGUUGCAAAACUCAGGGUACUGGAAACACUGAAAAAAAAAUAAAUAAAUAAAAUAAAAAAUAAAUAAAAUAAAAAAAAAUAUUCUGGCCACAUGGCCUAUAACUGUGUGAGUGUGUUUUUUCCUCACAUCCAGCAUGACACAGUGGUACAAUGGUGUGGUCCAGCCACAUAUAGAGCUGUGUGAGUGUGUGUUGUGUCCUCAUAUCUGGUGUGUCACAGUGAUGCAACGGUGCAGCACCACGGCACUUAGAACUGUGUGUAUGUAUGUUUUGUCCUCACAUUUGGUGUGACAUAGUGGUGUGGUAUUGCAGCACCACAGCAUCUAGAACUUUGUGUUUGUGUUCUGGCAUGAUACAGAACUGUGGUGGUGCAGCACCACAGUAUCUACACUAACCACAGAAAGUUGCAAGACCAGACACUCACUAGUCUCCUUGAUAAGGAUCUCUAAUGGAGGUGCAGCACCACUGUAGCACAAAGCACUGUAGUAGUACAGUAUGGUUUGGUACAAUAUUACAGUACAGUAUGUCUGAGGCAACUGACAGUAGCCCCUUUUCUGUUCCCUCCUACUUUCUCUAUCCUCAUGUUUAAUCCAAAGCUGGAUGUUACGUAUAUGUGCACAACGACUUAACCUGUUCUUGUGCCCAUGUUUUUUAAUCUUCUGAGUUUUCCACCAUCUGGCUACAACUACAGAGUCACUUUCAAAUUAAAUUUAUCUGUGCUGUAUACCUCCCACCUAACUCUUCUGACUAUAAGAAAUUCUUUGACUACUUAACUUCCAAAGUGGAGCACAUUCUGACUCUUCCCUUUUGCGGAGAUCUCCAUUCUUGGAGACUUCAAUGUUCACCACCAGCUUUGGCUUUCCUCUCCCUUCACUGACCAUCCUUGUGAACUAGCCUUCAAUUUUGCUAUCCUUCAUGACCUAGAGCGAUUGCUGCAACACCCUACUCUUAUCCCUGACCAUCUUGGAGAAAUGCAAAACAUUCUUGACCUUUUCCUAACCCCUAUUCCUUCUGCUUACACUGUUACCCUCUCUUAUCCAAUGGGCUCCUGCGAUCACAAUCUCAUAUCUGUAUCUUGUCCUAUUGCUUCAAUCCCUCCUCAGGAUUCCCUAAGUGGAAGCACCUCUGGCGUUUUGCCCCUGCUAGUUGUGGGGACCUGAGGAGGUAUUUUGCUGAUUUUCCUUUGAAUGACUACUGCUUCCAUGUGCCGAGUGCAUAACAGAGGUGGUAGUGUCUGGCAUGGAGGCAUACAUUCCUCAUUCUUUUUCUCAACCUAAACCUUCCAAACCUUGGUUUAACACAGCCUGUUCUCAUGCUAUACAUGAUAGAGAGGUUGCCCACAAAAGGUACUUGACUCUUUCAUCACCAGAAUCUCAUGCAAUCUAUAUUUCUGUUUGGAACCAUGCCAGGUCUGUUCUCCAACUAGCCAAAAACUCCUUCAUUAAUAGAAAGUGUCAAAAUCUUUCAAGAUCUAACUCCUCUCAUGACUUUUCGCAUCUAGCCAAAAAUAUCUCCAAUAACUUUGCUACUUCUACUUUCCCUCCUUUAUUUCAACCAGAUGGCACCACUGCUAUCACAUCUAUCUCCAAAUUUGAACUCUUCACUCAAACCUUUGCUAAAAACUCUACCUUGGACAAUUCAGGGAUUGUUCCUCCCUCUCCUCCACCCUGUGACUACUUCAUGCUACCUAUUAAAAUUCUUUGCAAUGCUGUUUUUCGUGCCCUUGCUGCCCUAAACCCUUGGAAGGCUUAUGGACCUGAUGGGGUCUCUCCCAUUGUUCUCUCAAACUGCGCCUCCAUGUUUGCACCUUGCCUAGUCUAACUCUUUCAACUCUGUCUAUCAACAUCUACCAUUCCUUCUUGCUGGAAGUUUGCCUACAUUCAGCCUGUUACUAAAAAGGGUGACCGUUCUAAUCCUUCAAACUACUGUACCAUUGCUUUAAUUUCCUUCCUAUUUAAAGUUUUUGAAUCUAUCCUCAACAGGAAGAUUCUUAAACAUUUAUCACUUCACAACCUUCUAUCUCAUCAUCAGUAUGGGGUCUUUUAAGGCUGCUCUACUGGUUAUCUUCUGGCUUUCCUUACUGAGUCUUGGUCAUCCUCUUUUUGAGAUUUUAGUGAAACUUUUGCUGUUGCCUUAGACAUAUGAAAAACUUUUGAUAGAGUCUAGCACAAAGCUUUGAUUUCCAAACUACCCUCCUAUGACUUCUAUCCUUAUCUCUGUAACUUCAUCUCAAGUUUCUCUCCUGACCAUUCUAUUCUAUGCUGCUGGGGUAGAUGGUCACUCUUCUUCUAAAUCUGUUAACAGUGGUGUUCCUCAGGGUUCUAUCCUGUCAUCCACUCUCUUCCUUUUAUUCAUUAAUAAUCUUCUAAACCAAACUUCUUGUCUUAUUCACUCCUACGCUGAUGAUACCACCCUGCACUUUUCCACGUCUUUUCAUAGAUGUCCAACCCUUCAGGAAGUAAACAUCUCACACAGGGAAGCCACAGAAUGCCUGACUUCUGAUCUCUCUAAAAUUUUUGAUUGGGGCAAAGCAAACUUGGUAUUGUUCAAUGUCUCAAAAAUGCAAUUCCUCCAUCUAUCAACUCAACAUAACCUUCCAGACAAUUAUCCUCUCUUCUUCAAUGAUACUCAACUGGCCCCCUAUCCUACACUGAACAUCCUCAGUCUAUCCUUUUCUUAUAAUCUAAACUUCACACCUCAUCGCUAGCUAAAACAGCUUCUGUGAAGUCAGGCAUUCUGAGACAUCUCCACCAGUUUUUCUCACACCUCCAAAUGCUAACUGUGUACAAGGGCCUUAUCCAUCCAUGUAUGGAGUAUGCUUCACAUUUCUGUGGGGGUUCCACUUAUACUGCCUUUUUAGACACGGUGGAAUCAAAAGCUUUUCAUCUCAUCAACUCUUCUCCUCUAACUGACUGUCUUCAUCCUCUUUCUCAUCACUGCAAUGUUGCAUCUCUAGCUAUCUUCUACUGCUAUUUUCCUGUUAACUGCUCUUCUGAUCUUGCUGACUGCAUGCCUCCUUUCCUCCCACAGCCUCACUGCACAAGACUUUCUUCUUUCUCUUACCCCAAUUCUGCAAGAGUUAACCAGUAAUUUCAAUUAUUCAUCUCUUUCUCUGGUAAACUCUGGAACUCCCUGCCUACUUCUGUAUUUCCAUCUUCCUAUGACUUGAAUUCCUUCAAGAGGAAGGUUUCAAGACAAUCAUCCUUCAAUUUUUGACUACCGAUUCAGACCCUGUUCAGGAAGCAGCAGUUCAGUGGGCUUUUUUUAUUGGAUUUUUGUUGCCCUUGGCCAGUGUCCAUGCUACAUAAAAAAAUAAUAAUAAUUAAAAAAAAAAUGUCAUAUUUUCCUUCAAGUUCGGUGCAGUACAAAAGUAUGAUUUUUUUUUUUUUUUUUCAUAUUGAAUUGUACCAUUUCCAUACCCACUUGAGUGAAUACAGUGGCUAGCCAGCACAGAAUCCAACCAACCAACAGCCAUCGUCACCAGCCACUGCUCAGGUCAAUUAGGAUUAGCAGAGGUUAAUGAGGUAACUUGAGGCCUCACUGAGGUGUUAAUUCCAGCCAUGGCCCAGCCCUGUCACAACAGGGCUGGACAGAACCCUACCUGUACACCUAUACCCAGUGGCCCAGUGGCCCUGUAGUGUAUCUGCUCUGACCAAUUGCAUUUUUUCUUUCUUUUUUUUCUUUUUCCACAAGCAGAAGUAGAAAAAUGGAUAAAGAAAAAAGGGCAAACUAAAUCAAUUGAAAAUUAAAGUGUUUAUUAAGUGAUAUUUAUAUUUUAUUAAUUAAUUACUGUAAAUUUCAUUUUUUUUUUUGUAUUAGGGGUUACAUGAAUAAAAUAAAACUCUAUAUUUUCAAAUAUUAAUGUUUGUUCAAAAAAAUAAUAUUAUUGAUAAUGUAGCAUAUUCUCUUGCAAACUGUAUGUGCAGCUUAGCACCUUUUAAAUAAAUAUGCAACUGAUCCCAGCAACAAAAAAGAAGGUGAUCAGUUGCUUGGUUGAAACUGU